UAUCACUAUAUUUACUCGGCUUACAUUUGUGUACACUUGGCAGCAGAGGUCGAUCAAAAUGUUGGUCCAAGUAACAGUGUUGGUGUUAGUGCUCGGCCUGGCCAACGGUCAGACGACAUGUGCAGACGCGGUCGACCCAAACAUUUGUCGUCUGCUGGCAUCUGAGUCAUUUGGAUUGAAAGAUGUCUGUACGGACCCUUGUCUUGCAAGGACCUGUCAGAAAACAUGCGGAAAAUGUCCGCUGCAGUGUUAUUCCUGUCAUAAUGUGAUGUCACCGGAUGACUGCCAGAACAUAAUCACCUGCCCGUCCGGAGAGCACAACUGCAUCGCUACGGAGUCGUAUAAUGACAAUUUUGAGAAGGUGUUCCAGCUCGGAUGUGCCUUGAAAGACGUAUGUCAGAGAAAUUUUGGAGGCCCCACCGGUAAGCGAUCUCAACUGGAUGGCGGCUGCUGCGGGGCUGACCUCUGUAAUCACAACAUCUCCAACACUCCGUCCACAGCCCAGCCACUUGCGGGAAUUGUUCUGACGACCCCUGCAGCCACUCUGGCUCCAAACUCCAUCCAACCAUCUGCCGUUACCAUGUCUCCUACUGUACCAGCAAGCAGUCCAUGUGCCGACUUUAACAAUGAAUUGUGCACACAGCUUGCGUUUGCAAUGCCUGAUAUUUGCUCAAACGAUUGUAUCGCCUCCAAGGUGUGCCCCUCCAUGUGUGGCAAGUGUUUGUCUUGUUUCAACUGCGACAAUGUGCAGAAUCCUUCGGACUGUCAGUCAACCGUUACCUGUAGAUCCGGUCAGAGAUGCUACAUAACAGAAACCUAUAACACUAUGACGUUUGAACAUGGAUUCCGGACAGGUUGCAUCGACGACAAGCUGUGCUCUAACCUGACAUACGGAAGCCCUGUAAGUGGGUCUGGUCCAGCUCUGAUUGGUCGCCGAUCUCACUUCCACUUGUCUUUGGACGGUGACUGCUGCGGAUCCGACUUAUGUAAUGACAGGGUUCAGACAACACAAGCGCCCAUAGCAACUACGCCGGGACCAGCAAUCACCAACAAGCCCAGUGGACCAAGCGGUGCACCAAAUCCCCAAGUUUGUAACUGGAACGGAGACUGUCCCCCUGGAUUCCAUGCCCACAACAGGAUGUGCUAUAACUUUGGUCCUACGGAAAUGGAAUGGGACGAUGCGCUGGGUUAUUGUAAAGAAAGAUGUUCUCACCUUGCUGAACUGAAAACGGAUUAUCAACUACAGAACGUCAUGAAUUAUUUCCGCCAUCAGCCAAACUCAGGGUAUGACCACAUCGCGGACUAUUUCAUAGGAGCAGUUGACAAAGGCGUAGGCGUAUGGACAUGGUACAACAGUGGUGAAACGGUUGAUAGCGACAUAGUGGUACCGGAUCACCACCAGCACACUAAAGAUCACUGCGCCAUUGCCAUGGAAGUCAGCGUCGGGGCCCCGUUCGAACAUGAUUUUGACUACGGUGCCGCACUUUGUACCGAUAUGUACAAACCAAUGUGCGAGGUGAUACGUCAGUAGGGAUGACGUCAUUUAGGAUAAAUCGAGUUUCUCAAAUUGUUGAAACAUUAUUCAGAUGAUUAAAACAUGUACAUGCAUUCAUGCUUAGUUGAGUGUAACGUACUUUUUAUCUAAGAAAGGCGUUUGCAAAGAAAUAAAAUAGUUUCGAACAUUUAUGAAAAAGUGAAUAUAGAGGUUUUAACUCUUUCAAUACAUGAAAACUAACCGCUUUAUUUAUAUAGCAAUUGACGCAUACUUAAAAACCAAACAAACAAACAAAAUUGACAGUCAGAAGGAGACCUCCCUCUAUCUUUUCUUAAUUAUCGUAAUAUCGUUUCAUAUACAUAUAUAUUUUCUUGUCAUAUGAUCCGGGAAAAGAAAUAGAGGCCACAAUUUCACCAUAUUUAUAAGCUUUCCUAUAA